AGGUGAACCAACCAAUUUUAAGUGCGGACUUCCUGUGGCAUUUUCGAGUGUUGGUUGAUGUUGCCAACUCUUGUCUCGUCGAUGCAGCAACAUCAGUGACUGUCCCUGCACAGACUUCACCAUUCCGUUCCCUUUCUCUCAAUCGCAUAUCGCUAGCUAAACCCACCAAUGGGUUCGAUACCAUUUUGGCUGAAUUUCCACCUGUCUGUGAACCCCGCAUCACAGAUCCAGCUGGUCAGCACCAUAUUAUCACGACCGGACCGCCCACUUUUGCGAAGGCUCGACGCCUUUCUCCUGAAAAAUUUGCAGCUGCGAAAACCGAGUUUGACCAGAUGUUGUCUUCUCACACGGUGUGCAAAUCAUCAAGUAAUUGGGCAUCCCCACUUCAUAUGGUCCCAAAGUCGAACGGUGACUGGCGCCCCUGUGGCGACUAUCGAGCUCUCAGUGCAGCCACUAAACUAGACCGUUACCAUGUGCCUCACGUUCAGGAUUUUUCUGCUCGUCUUGCUGGUUGUAAAAUCUUCUCCAAGAUUGACCAGGUUCGUGCAUACCAUCAAAUUCCUGUUGCUCCUAGAGAUGUCUCUAAAACGGCAGUCAUUACACCAUUCGGCCUUUUUGAGUUCAAACGUAUGCCAUAUGGACUGCGCAAUGCGGCCCAGACAUUCCAACGAUUCAUGGAUGAAGUCUGGCGUGACCUGGACUUUGUGUUUGUAUUCAUUGACGACAUCCUGGUUUUCAGCACCACGCCUGAUCAACAUCGCCACCAUCUGCGCCAGCUUUUUCAGCGACUGGAACAGUACGGCUUGGUCAUUAAUCCUAAGAAGUGUGAGCUUGGCCGAUCACAGUUAUCAUUCUUAGGUCAUCAUGUCAGUGCCCAAGGGAUUUCCCCUCUUUCAUCCAUCAUCCAAGCUGUUGCAGAAUUUCCUCAACCUGUUGACAAGAAGUUACGCGAGUUCCUUGGUAUGGUCAAUUUUUACCAUCGCUUCAUCCCUCAUUGUGCUGGCAGGCUACAUCCUUUGCACAAACUAUUGUCUCUGAUACCCAUGUUCCUGAUAUUGUCUCUGAUAACCAUGUUCCUGAUACCCAUGUCCUGUUAUAUCUCUGAUACCCAUGCUCCUUUACGGAGCAAGAGAGUGAGGAGUCAAAAGACGCCGUGGCUUAUUGAUACAAUAAAACUCGCUAUGAAUCGUAGAGACUAUCUUAAGAAAAAGCG